AUGAAAAAUAUCGUUCAGAAAUAUCCGUCCCCGCUUUGCAUUCAUUUGGGUCCUUUAGUACACAUUUGUCUAUACAAACCCGAACACAUGCAAAUUUUCCUGAACUCACCGCAUUGCUUGAACAAAUCCCUGCAGUAUGACUUCUUCCUUGUAAAUCGAGGACUUUUCUCGGCACCAGCACACUUAUGGAAGGGCCAGCGAAAAAUUUUAAACUUUUCCUUCGCACCUGCCAUCCUGAACAGUCAUGUGAGUGUUCUCAACGAGAAAAGUGCAAUGAUGGCAGAUCUAAUGGAGAGCUACGUUGGACAGGAUGAACAGGACCUUUUUCAUAACAUAGCCCUAUGCGCUUUGGACACUAUUUACUGUACAGCGUUUGGGUGCGAUUUCGACCUGCAGAGAAUGCCAAUUGGAGACCAAUACCUGAAGCUGCAAUCCCAAUAUAUCGAUUUAGUGACACAACGGGUAUUCAAUCCAUUACUAUACCCCAACUUUAUCUAUCGUAUGACAAAGGCAUAUAAAAAGCAACAAGAAAUAAUGGAAACGGGCCGACUUUUCAUAACCAAUAUAAUGAAUGCGAGGAAUGCCGAUGCUGUACUGUCUUCCCAACCUGAAAAUAAGGCUCAAAAGACAUAUGAGGACGACAAAAAACUGCAAAAUUUCCUUGACAAAUUAUUAGAACUGGCCCAAGAAAAUAAUCAGCUCGCCAAGGAAGAUAUUCCUGACCAUCUGUAUACAAUGAUCUUCGCAGGCACUGACACAACGGCCACUACUCUUAGUAACGUGUUACUCAUGCUGGCCGUGCAUCAAGAUAUUCAAGAACGGGUUUACCAGGAAAUUAUGAAAGAAUGCCCCGAAAAAGAACAGCAAAUUUCAGUGGAGAAUGCAGCAAAACUGUUGUACACUGAAAUGGUCUGCAAGGAAACAUUGCGUCUUUUUCCGGUAGCACCAGCGGUAGCGCGGGUUACAACCAGUGACAUCAAGUUAGACGACAAUACAACGAUUCCCAAUAACACAACCGUGGUUGCAGCAAUUUACCCAAUGCACAGAGAUCCACUACACUGGGGUCCAGACGCGGAAACAUUCAAUCCGGACAACUUCCUUCCGGAGCUGGUGGCUCGGAGACAUCCUUACGCUUUCCUUCCUUUCAGCGGUGGUCCUCGUAACUGUAUAGGAGUACGGUACGCUUGGCUCUCCAUGAAGGUUAUGAUAGCACAUCUGGUGAGAAAAUACCGUAUGACAACGUCACUCACGAUGGAUGCCAUCGGCAUCGAAUAUUCGAUAAUCUUAAAAAUUACGGGCGGAUGCCCGAUAUCCUUGGAGAAACGCGAUUGUACUACUGCAACCGCUUGA